AUGACGGAAACUGGGUUUUGUAUUUUAGCGGAAGUUGAAAGUGACGCUCCGUGCAUGUAGUCCAUUGUUUAGUCCUUCGUGUUUUCUGUGGCAUUUGUAUGUUAACUAAGUUAAAACUAAAGGGCUACACGGUUGUACUUUCUCUCUCUCUCUCUCUCUGUGUUCUGCUAGUAUGAAAUGUUGUGUACGUUUGUUUUAGACUUUUAUGUUGAAAAUCAAAUGACGGAAACUGUGUUUGUGGUGUCGGACGGUUGCGGAGACUUGACAGGAGUGGCGGCAGCAGCAGCAGCAGCAGGCUGUCGUGGCGGGGCGACAGUAAACAGCCCGAGUGUUCUGUGUAGGGUAAAUAUAGAUGAAUGUAGGAAUGAGUUGAAGUCGAUCUGCGUGCGAACGUCCAGCUGGUGCGAGCGCGAGCCUUUCGCGCCGUCCGCCGUUUUCUUUUCUUUUUCCGCGUGUGUUUCUCUUUCUUCUGCUUUUGUUUAAACCUGAAUCACCAUCGCUGUCAACACACGCGAGAUUCAGCUUCAAAAUAAGUUUGCUGCUUCCGAAAAGUUUGUGCGUAAACGCCGGGACAGCUUCAGUGCGCGUGCAGACGCAGGACAGUCCGGUAAACGGCGGGAGUGUCGCCUCUUUGUCCUCCGUCCGUCACCUGCUGUCUUUCUCAAGUAAGACACCAUGGACGUGGAGCUGGGUGGAUUCCUCAGCCAGAACUCCACAUACGAUUAUGACGACGACUAUGAGUACAAAGAGGAGAGUGAGAGGCGCGGCAGCGAGGCGGUGCUGAUCCCGCUCCUGUACUCCGCGGGGUUGAUCGUGGGUCUGUUGGGGAACGCGCUGCUGCUGGUUGUUCUGACACUGAAGAGGCGAUGGUGGAGCGCGGCCGACACCGUCAUCCUCCACCUGAGUGUGGCAGACAUCCUGCUGCUGGCCACGCUGCCCCUCUGGGCCACACAGGCCGCUCGGCCGGACGGGUGGUGCUUCGGGAACGCUCUCUGCAAGAUCAGUGGAGCUGUUUUUCAUAUGAACUUCUACUGUGGGAUCUUUCUGCUGGCUGGCGUCAGUGUGGACCGCUGCCUGUCCGUCGUCCACUCUACGCAGCUGCACUUGCUCAACAAACCUCUGUUAGUUCAUGUGAGCUGCGUGUGUGUGUGGUGCAUCUCCCUGCUCCUCACCAUCCCUGACUGGGUUUUUCUAAUUGCUGAAACGGUUGCUUCACAAGAGAAAACCCUGUGUGAUUACAACUACUCUGGGUCGGGGACAAACUGGCAGCUGUUGUCCCGUGUGUGUCACCUGUCGCUGGGCUUCCUGCUGCCUGCGACCGCCCUGGCCGCCUGCUGCUCUCGUAUCCUGCUACGGCUGCAGCAGAGAUCUGGACGUCUCCUGAAGCAGAGCGCUGGCGUGGUCAUCGUGCCUCUGGCGGUGGUCUUCCUCCUCUGCUGGAUGCCCUACAACAUCACGCUCAUCGUAGACACGUUCAGCUACACAUCGAAAGAGCCUCACGGUGCAAAGACUGAGAAUAGCUCCCUGAAAAGAGCCCUGAUGGUCACUUCCGGCCUAGGCUGCGUCCACGCCUGCGUCAGGCCUCUGCUCUACCUCGGCCUGUGUGGAAACUUCAGGAAGCAAACACUGGCCCUGCUGAGGUGUGCUCCAGUUGAAUUUAGGGGCUCGCUGUGGGAUUUGAGUGUGGCUGAGGAAGUCCAGCCUGAGCAGAGUCAUGAGCAGGAGAAGCUGAAGCCCAUGAGGAGCGUAGAGUGUCCACUCAGUGCUGAUGAACACACCCAAAAAAGUCCUGCUGAGAUCUGACAGAUGAGCUCCGUGUGACGUCACGUCAUGGGUUCAUGUGAUGGAACAUAUUCAGAGUCAUUAUGAGGAAUAGGUUCAGUAUACUGUAUAUUCACAUUGCACUUUGUCAGGGCUGCAACUAACGUCCAUUUAAGUUUUAUGGUUCCAAAAAUGGAGAAAAAUAUUGAUCAGUGUUUCCAUCAUCUUCAUGUUAUUCAACAACCAAAGUUCUCUUUCUACAUUUACACUUAAAAAGCUAAAAAAUAAGAAUGAAAAUGUGUUUUAAUCAAAGAAAAAAACCCUCGAUGGAUGAAUUGCUGCAGCCCUGUGCUUUCCUGGGAAAGUUUCAUGUUUGUUUUAAGUCUAUCAUUUGUUUCUUAUUCAAAUGUAGAAAUAUAUAUUUUUUUACUGUGUGUAAUUAUUUUUAGGAAACAGAUGCUUUUAUAUUGUGUCAGUGAAACAAUCAUCACAAAGCUAACGCCACAGUUAUUCAAAUUCUAAGGAAUAUAAGCUCUUAUUAUUGUUCCUGUGUCCUUGCAUCAAACCAAGUGUUCGUCUCACAUGUUACGCACAUGUUUCUGCUGUAACGCCGUUUUCUCUCCACUGUGAGAUAAAUAAUAAAUGCUAUCUUAUCUUGUCCUAUCUGCUGCAGAGAAGAAUGUGUGGAUUCCACAAUUGCAACACGAGCGUGUGGAU